AUGAAAUACACUGCUGAUACAAACCUUGAUAGAAGGCCUACAUCCAUCGUUAAUAAACCUCCCCCUUGCGCGUCAGUAAAGCUUUCCCACCCAACAGAAAACGUGGCGUUGGGAGCAAGUCCGACCCAGUCGAGUACGGAUGAAGGGGCAGCUGCGGAGGGAGCCAAUGACGGUAACAGCGACAACGACUUCAGGCAUGGCUCAUGCUCGCGCACCAGGAAAUCGAAGAACCCCUGGUGGAGAGUUGAUCUAACAGAAAGCUUCAACGUGUCAGACGUCAUAAUCACCAACAGAGCAGACUGCUGCUCCGACCAGCUCCAAGGAGCCGAGAUCCGCAUCGGGGACUCGCUGGAGAAUGAGGGCAAUUCCAACAAACUCUGUGGAAUCGCCGAUGCAGUUUUCGGACCGAAAUUGAUCUUCAUUUGCGAUGGAUUUAUCGGUCGAUAUGUGAACGUCAUCAUCCCAGGCCCGGAUAAAAUCCUAACCCUGUGCGAGGUUGAGAUAUUUGGUUCAGAACUCGAGUACUUACAUGGAAAAGGUAGGCUGGACACCGCGCUGAUGCUCUGGUUGUACACAGCCCCACAACUUAGCUAA